CUAUAGCCUAAAUGUAUGUUCUGCUUUUGAAAGCAGAGGUUUUGCACCUGUGUUGCUUGCCUUUGUCCUUGGCAAAGUUUUUUUUUUCCUCCUUCUUCCUCCAGCUCUUUCUAGCACACGGUUCAUCCACUUUGGCGAACCUGUUAUCGGUCCAAAAACCCAAACACAUUAGAGAUCGAUUGCGCAAGUGAUGGAAGCAGGGGGAUGUUGUUUGGUCAGCGUCGACUUUACGCUUUAAAACACUGCUGGCCUGUUGCUCGACUGUUGUUUUGGCGUUUGCAUGUGCCAGUUACCCAACUGAAGUCGACGCUUUGAGCUCACGGGUUCGCUUCAGGAGCGCCUCGCGCACCUUGCCCUCGAGGCCGCUGCUCCAGGCUUUGAUGCCCACACAGUUUGAAGCAGGUGGACAGACGCAGGCAUGAGUAACAGUGGGACCAAAGAGCCAUCUCCUCAGCCAAGCACUGCCCAGUCACCUCCUGAGCCUCAGCGUAGGGGCAGAGGUCGACCAAGGAAACAGCAGCAGGAGCCCGUUGGACCACCAACUCCAAAGCGGCCAAGAGGACGACCAAAAGGCAGCAAGAACAAAGGCCCCAAAACUGCACUGAAGAAAGUAGAACCCAUUGGAGAGAAGCGACCACGUGGGCGACCAAGGAAAUGGCCCCAGAAAGUAGUGCUAGAAGUAACUGAAGAACAGCAGGGCGCUUCAGAAGAGGCUGAGGAGGGUCCCUCGUCAUCUCAGGCGGCAGCACAGGAGGAAGGGGAGUAGAUAGGGCACCUCUCUACCUACCUCAAGGUUUGGCCUCAGACAAACAGGGGUAAAAUCUGACUCCUAUCUGUGAUGGGGAUUCAGGAACACACAGACACACACACACACACACACACUCAAAAGUAAUUGCAGUCAGUAAUUUCUUCUCCUGAUGUGAUACCCUGGAUUUGUUAUCGAUUUUUAAGAGUUUUGGAUUUUUGGUAAGCAAACUGCGUUUUAACAUUGGAGUUUUUGAUCUUUCAAUAAGGUUUAUUGAAAAGGAGUAGUUCCACUUUUUGGGAAAUGCACUUAUUCUCUUUUACUGAGACAUCCCAUUUUCGCAAAUAAAUAUGCAGUUCCUACCUGCAGCAUCUCUAAAGCUUGCACACAAAUAUUGUCUCAUUUCUGAAAUCAAAAAAUGUAAAAGCAGUUUUUGUGGUCGUUUUAGACGUGCCUGCUUCUCGUGUGACUUUAAGCAAUAAAGGAAAAACAAAAAAGGUGCAUUUCCCAUAAAAAUUGAACUAUUCCUACAAGUAUGCCAGCUUUCCUGAGCCCCUUAGUGUGCAUGGGUGCGUGUGAGCACGUGUGUGCGGCGGUUGCAUGGAGAGGGGACUGGGCUGCAGGCUGAAAUGAGAAUGAGAAAAACAAAGGAACCAAACUGAAUCGUUUUUAUUGAAACAUGUUUCUAAAUCAAAUGUCACGAACCCUCGUAUGAAACAUCGUUAAAAUAUAGACACAGUGCGCUGAAGUCAUUAUGAAAGUUGUGUGAAAGGUUUAAACUGAAAAUGAAAUAUCAAAUUAUUUGAGGGGCAGGGCAGGGGCUCCUUCCAAAAAAAAAAAAGAAGAUUAAAUUGGAUCCAAAAAAGUGACAUUCAGGGUUUUUUGUUUUUUUUCUUUAAUCCAGCAGCUGAUUUGAGAGAAAAUGUUUGAAUAUUUCAUUUAGAAAAGAGAAACCCUUCACACAUCAUUUAGUCAACAAGGAUGUUGACAUGUCAUUUUUUUUUUUUUGCCACACUCAGGAUUUCACUAUUAACAGUGCUUUUACACCAUAUUGAAACCUCAGGUACAAAACUAUUCAGGAACAUGUUGUCUACUCAGAAAUAAUUAUGGUGCUGUGUUUGUUGUGCAUUUCUGAUCUGUAUUUGACAUUACCAGUAUGCCUUGACACAAAGACCUCAUUUAAACCUCAGUUACCUUCAGUUUCUUAAUCUCUCAUUCUACCUCAGUAACACAAAAAGAUCUCCUGCAAAGUAAUCCUUCGCUCUCUCAACAGUGAUAUACACAAUUACUGUACACACACACACACAAACACACACAGGUUUUUGUGCAGAUAUACAGUACGAUUACACACGAGGUUUUCAGGCCUGCAGGCCGACACGUGGAAGCAGAUGUUACACUCCAGUUGAGGAGUACAAAUAAAAGCAUCAGUAUAAUUUCUUUUUUUUUUCCUUUUUUUAAACUGUAUUUGAUAUAAACUGAAGUGAGAUUUUGUUUGCUCUCCUGGGAAAUAAAAUGCAGCCAAUAGUUUACAACAACCUGAUGAAAUACUUGCUUUUUAGGGUGCAGUUCCUCAUGAAAUACUUGUUUUUGUUUUUGGGGUGGGGUGGGGAUUGUUAUUCUUUUCUCAUUUUUAUUCUAUCAUGUAUUUUCUGAUUCUUACACUGUAAAUUGUAUGUGUGACACUCUUAAUACAUGGCAGCAAAUAACCACAAAGUGCUGAAAUACAUAAGCGUUAUGGCUAACUUUAGGCACCGGCCAUACCAGACCGACUAAGGCUAUAACAACAAAACACCUCGUUGUACUGAAGGUAUUGGGAGUGCGUUUUAUGGUCUAUCGGUUAAACAAGUUUAACUUUUUUUAGUUUCAUAGAGAGGAAGAGCGUCGUAUCUCGUUGCAAAUUUUACAGUCUUCCUUUAAAGGAUCGUUUCACUUACCUCUAAAAGCAUGCAGCUACACAGCUACAGUAUGUACACCUCAAUGCAACAAAGCGCAUGGGAUUUAUUUUGUGGUGCUUAAUGAACUUUUUCCAUUGAAGCUACUUUCUACUUAAGAAUAUGUUGACAAAGUGGUUUAAGACUUGUCCACACUAACAUACUGUGGUAACUCCCAGUCUGUAAGAACUCUAUAAAUAAAACUCAGUUCAUCUCCAUUGUAUUAGGAUGCAUUCAGAAAUCUUUAAAAAAAGAAAUGGGAGAUUUUCAAAUAGAAACAUUCAUUCUGAACUAGCUGCAUGCCAACAGAAAAAGUGAAUGUAGUAUUUUUCACCAUGAAUACAGUACUGUGCAAAAGUCACCAUCAUUUCUAUAUUUUGUAUACAAGGAGCCAGAUUUUCUUGUAAUGUUUUUUAGGUGGUCUUGAGCAAUAGUUCUCCAGGUUUUCUGAAGGUCUUUCAAAGGUUUUCUUUGGAUAUUGGCUACUUUCUCACUCACUUUCAGUCCAGUCUUUGUAGCUGACCAUUAAUAUAGAAAUGUUUUUGUUUGUUAAACCACUAAAUGCUGUGCUAUGAAUCAUUCACGCAUAAAAAAAGGCACCUAACUCAAGGGAUGAACAGUGCUGUGUCUACACAUAACAGACAACUUGACAAAGAACCAAUUAUAAGUUCUUUUUAAGUAUCUUUGGGCACUUAAAAAGAACAUAGACUUUAGUUGAAUCUACAAAAUAAAACAGGCAAAUAGUAGUUUUGCUCCAACAAGGUGACUCAUAAAGAGCUACUAGAAAGAAAAUCCAGCAAAGCCCUGAUUCAGGACCUGAAGGGUAUGCAUGACCCUUCA